AUGUGGCUCAGGAAGAAGAGGUCCGCCAAGCUGCGCACGGUGGUGGUGGAGAUGGGGUACUUAGUGCAGAAGGGGGCUGUACCUCAGGACUAUGAGGAUUUCAAGAGAAUGCUGACAUCCCUAUGGUUUGAUUUGUAUGGAAGAGGUGGCAACUCUAGCUGCUCUUCUGCCUUUGAGCAUGUGUUUGUUGGUGAGAUCAAGGGACCGGGACAAGGGGAGAAUGAGUUUUACCUGGAAGAAGCCAAGGGAAAUGUGGAUUACCAAGGUUAUAUAUUUCCAAGGCGCCGUGGUGAAUCGCCUGAUUCAGAGACACAGCUGCUGACUGUUCAGUUUGAGUGGCCUGGUGUGCUGAAAUCAGUAUCCAGCACGUUGAUUGGUGUCAGUCCUGAGUUUGAGGUUGCACUCUACACAUUGUGCUUUUUUGUCGGAGGGGAAGAUAACCGUGUCGAUAUUGGCCCAUACAGUGUGAACAUUAAGUGCUACCGAUUGGGGAACAACAAAAUUGGAUCAGCCUUUCCCAUUGCAGAGAAUUGA